AUGGAGAAACCACACAUUUUGGUCAGCGGAGCCGGCAUAGCAGGUCCGACCUUGGCCUUCUGGCUCCAUCGAGCAGGCUUCACCGUGACCAUUGUCGAACGAUCACCCAAACUACGUGCAUCGGGGCAGAACAUCGAUAUUCGCGGGCAUGGACUGACCGUCAUCGAGCGCAUGAGUCUGCAGGACGAAGUCAGAGCGAAGAAGACCAACGAGAAGGGAUUGAGAUUCGUCGAUGCGCGGGAUCACUGUCGAGCAGAGUUUCCAGUGGGCGAUGGCACGGGGUUUACGGGUGAGAUUGAGAUCAUGCGUGGUGACCUUGCAAUCAUCUUAUACGAGGCUACUAAGAAAGAUGUGGAAUUCGUAUUUGGGGAUUAUGUCACAGGGUAUAAGGAGUCGAACGAUGGGGUGGAGGUUGAGUUCGCCAAUGGCCAACCUACGAGGAAGUUUGAUAUUUUGAUUGCCGCGGAUGGCUGGUCUUCGAGGACAAGAAAAAUUGCAUUUCCGGAUAAGAACGACAGCUGCGUGAAAUCCCUUGGUCAGUGGGGAGCGUGGUUUUCGCUGCCCUGGCAACCCUCAGACAGUGGAUGGGCAAGAUGGUACAAUGCCCCUCGAGGACGGAUGUUGCUGGUGCGUCCAGACAACGAGAGAGUGACUCGCGCAUCCAUGUGGAUCAUACACGACAGCAAAAAGUUCCAGGAAGCACAGCAAGCAAACGAACAAGAUCAAAAGCAGUUGAUGAAAGACCUCUUCGCAGAUGCUGGUUGGGAAGCAGAUCGGAUCCUGAAAGAAAUGCAAAACGCUGAUGACUUCUACCUCCAGCAUAUCGCACAGAUCAAGAUCGAUACAUGGUCAAGGAACCGAGUGUGUCUGUUAGGCGAUUCCGCAUUUUGUCCCAGUCCAAUCUCUGGAAUGGGAACGACGGUCGCCAUUGUCGGGGCAUAUGUUCUGGCUGGAGAGAUAGUCCAGCAUUGGCCAGACUAUGCCGCUGGGUUCGAAGCGUACGAGAGAAAGAUGAGGCCCUUUGUCGACAAGGCACAGAAGCUUGCUCCUGGAGCGCCCGCUUUAGCCAAUCCGCAGACCCAGUGGGGGAUUUCGAUUUUAUACUUUCUGCUUGGAUUGGUGGCAUGGAUUCGAUUGGACAAGAUUAUGGGUGCUUCGUUCAGUCCUCCAGCGACAGCGAUGGAAUUACCAGACUAUGGAACUCUUCGUCUCAAAACCCAGUAG